GUUUUCCCUCCAAGCCCGCGGGGCACGUCGUUAUUUAAAAUGCACAACAACCGAGGGGUCUAAACGUUGACACCGCCAUUGAAAAUUUUAAACAAUCAAAGUUUUCGUCGCUUUAGGACACCAAGGCUCCUCAAAUCUAGGAGCAAACGAAAUUCUGGUGCUUUUGUUUUGACUGGUCAUGCCCGGUCGUGUUGUGUGCAAAGGGCUAGUUUCCUCGUCGACCUUUAGGACCUGACGCUGACUGAAUUGGAUCAUUAGGUCCUUCUGAACUGAAGAUGAGUUUGAAUCUCAACGAAACCGUCACUCGUACGCCAGCCAGACAAAGGCCUCUGAGUCUGGAAUUACAGCAAGUGAUUGAGGAAAAAAAUUUGCUCAACACAGACGCAAGGUGCAAGGUGAUCAGUGCAUUGAGUGAAAUAAAUGGACAUGAAGCACUUCAUUCAUCUCUGAGAUCAAGAGCCACACAAGAAAUUCUGUCCUCUGAAUUGAGCUACGUGAAGCAACUUGAAAAUGUUAUGAAGUUUUUCAUGGAACCAAUCAAACAACGAGAACUGAUGUCUUCUGAGAAUUUUGCAACAAUAUUUGGCCAGAUCGAGACUGUCUAUAGAGUUGCUGGAGCUUUAGUUGCAGAGCUGCAAGCUUGCAAAAAUGACAACUUGGCUCCGGCUUUUGUGAGAUUAGCACCAUUCUUGAAAAUGUACUCUGUGUAUGCUUGUGGCUAUCAAAAGGCAUCGGAAACUCUCCAGAAUCUUCGUUCUGGAAAACACGGUCUCGCCCUCCAUACUUUUCUGCAAGGCCAAGAGUCAAGACCAGAGGUUGGGUGCACUCUGCAGGCUCUUCUGAUUGCACCAGUGCAAAGAUUGCCACGCUACAGGCUCUUACUAAAGGAAGUGGCCUCGCACACUGCAGAUGAUGAUCAGAACUUGGAAACUCUUCAAGAGGCCCUAAAAGGUGUGGAAGUCAGUGCUGCACAUGUUGAUGCUCUCUUAUCCGAACAAGAGCAACUUCAACGACUAUUUGAUCUACAAGAGAGCCUGCUUGAUAACUGGCCUCAAGUCAUCAAACCAGGAAGAACAUUUUUAAAGGAGGGUUCUUUCAUGAAGGUUGCCAAAUGCGGCACAAAGGCUGUGCAGGUGCAUUUGAUUUUAUUAUCUGACAUGUUUCUCUGCUGCCGAGUUCGAUCUGGACAACUUGAUUGUCGAUAUGCCUUCCCUCUCGACAGAUCGAGCAUCGAAAAUGUUUUGGGACAGGCUGUGUUUAAGAUCUCUUGUGGCACAGAGACACUCCUUCUUUUUGCUAAAAACCAGGAUGAUGGUGAACUGUGGACGGGGCUUAUGCAGAAAACAAUAAAUGAGUUGAAGGCUUGCAGACAGACGCUGAAAAAGCACACCAGCAAAAAAAGGUUGCCUAAGCGCAUUGAGGACCUAGAGGAAGGUGCAGCCCCAUCUUCUAACCUAUUUACGCGUACCCUGCGUAAAAGAAAGCAAUCCUCUCCGAGUAGCUCAACAACUUCUUUGAACAGUAAGAAGUUCCGUUCGAGCGCUCGCUACCUUUCACGCUUAACACCAAGUCCUCCCAAGGACAGUCUGUACCCAUUGAGAAAGCAACAAGCUCUCAAGGCUCACAAAACCCUCAAUUCCUCUCCCUCUUGCUUCUCUUCGAAAAAGAAGAAUGCUUUUGAUUGGUCAAAGGUGGAGUCAAAAGAAGAGGCCAAGUGCCUUUUCUCUGAGAAAACUGACAAAUCUACUGAAGAGAAAGAGGCUGAAGAGUUGAUCAUUGAGAAAAAUCAAGCCACAUGGUCAAAGCACUGUAUUGACCUAGUGAGAAAUGUUGCGAAUUUAAUCAGAUCUGCUUUUAAACCGUAGUUCCUUAUUGAAUACUUUACAAAUUUUAAGAUCUUUCUGACAAGAGAAUGUUCUUCCACUGCCUUUGAAAGUUAAUGAUAAUAUGUAUCUUAUCUUGAUGGAGAAAAUAAAUAAAAUUAAGACAAAAAUAUUAU